AUGGCGACGCUGGGCGGCAAUGCUGCCAAUACGAACAACGGCCAACAGCAACAGCAGCAAUACCAACAUCUCAAUCAGCAAAAUCAUCACUACCAUCAGCAAACAUACAAUCAUCAAGGGGGACCACCCGUUCCACCUCAUGGGGUGGUGACAAUUAUUAAUGAUUCGGGAUUGUUAACAAUGCAGUUCUCGCCUCAUCUGCCAAUGAAAAACGGUCUCACCUCCGACCACCACCCACUCGUGACAUCGGCGUCGCCUGACAACGGCGCCCUGGUGGCGUCCCACGUGGGCGAUGCCGGUGACGGCGAACGACGAGAGGGAUGGCUCCUGGUGCGUGUGCACGUGCCAGAACUCAACGUGCAUAAAUGUUUACAGUUUCCGGCUGAUCAGCUAGUUUGGGACGUCAAGCAGCAGUGUCUGGCUGCUCUGCCUAAAGAGCUAAAAGAGAGCUUCAACUACGGUUUGUUCAGUCCGCCCACAAAUGGCAAAGCUGGAAAAUUCCUGGAUGAAGAGCGCCGACUCGGGGAUUAUCCUUUCAAUGGACCAGUAGGAUAUCUAGAGUUAAAAUAUAAAAGGCGAGUGUACAAAUUAACGAAAGUCGACGAGCGCCAACUGAAGGCUUUGCAUACUCGAGCAAAUCUGCGGAGGUUUGCAGAAUAUUCGCAGAAUGGCAGCGUCGACAAAAUAAGCAAACUGUGUGCCAAGGGAUUGGAUCCUAAUUUUCAUUGUCAGGAUACUGGAGAAACCCCUUUAAGUUUAGCAGCAUGUUCAGCUCGUUCUGCACGUACCCUCAUAGCUCUGGUGAAUGGAGGAGCUCUCCUGGAUUACAGGACGAGAGAUGGUGCAACUGCUCUGCACAGGGCCGUUGAAAAGGAUAAUUUGGAAGCCGUUAGAACUCUGCUAGAACUCGGUGCUUCUCCAAAUUAUCGAGAUUGUAAAGGUCUGACGCCUUUAUAUGCCUCGGUUUCACACAAAACAGAUCCUGCCAUAUGCGAAGCCUUACUUCACGACCAUGCGACGAUAGGGGCCAAAGAUCUACAAGGAUGGCAAGAAGUUCACCAGGCAUGCCGAAAUGGUUUGGUUCAGCAUCUUGAGCAUCUGUUAGCUUAUGGGGCCGACAUGGACGCCAGGAAUGCCUCUGGGAAUGCCCCCUUACAUGUUUGUGCCGUGAAUGCAAGAGAUGCAUGCGCACGACUUUUGCUGUUCAGGGGGGCUCGAAGACAAGCCUUGAAUUAUUCAAGUCAAACUCCGUAUCAGGUUGCAGUGAUUGCUGGAAAUAUGGAACUGGCUGAAGUAAUCAGAAAUUACAGCAACCAAGAUAUCGUACCAUUCCGAGGACCUCCUCGAUACAAUCCAAAGCGCCGAUCAGCAGCAUGGGGUCCAGGAGGCACCCCUCUGCUUUCACCGUCUUCACCAGAGCCUCCAGGAGGAGGCCAUCUUUCGCCCCCUUUGCAACCUUCUCCGGAACCUUCGAUGGUGGGAACUAUGCCUAGAAAUUAUCAAUACCAUGCAAAUUCUGUCACGUAUGUACCAGGAGGCACCAUGCCGUAUCAUCAUGGAUUUCCAAGAAGCGCGUUUCAUUUCGAAAGGGGCUCUCCGGACCCGAGUACUGACAGGCCGUUCAGUUCGGCCAGUUCAAGUUUGGGGUCUGAUAGGAGCCAUGAGGAUGAUGUUAGCUUGAUUACAGACAAAUCUGGUGGUGAAGGCAGUGAAUCUUCAGGAGUUGGUACCGCUGGUUCAGAUUUUGUGGUUGCUACCACCAACGGCAGUUCCAAUAACGGUGCAGGAAAUGUUGGUUCCAAUUCAAAUGGAGGAGGAAGUAUGGCCACAUUUGAUAGCGGAACGACAGUGGUUUGCUUGGAACCCUAUUGUCCGCCUCCGUCCAUGAAUGGACAUCUGGUUUUGCAGAGAGGAGAAGUCAUUGAAGUGACUGCAACGACCGAUUGUGGAUUGCUGGAAGGAGUUACUAGAGCUGGUGCAGUUGGUUUGUUUCCGGCGCAUUGUGUUCAGGAGGUCAGACUGCGCCACUCGUCAACAAGUAAUCAGCCUCAAACCCAUUCCGGUGGAGGACAUCAUCAUCAGGAGAGACACUAUAGUGCUACUGCUCCACGGAUUAAGAAAACCAACAAUUCUCCCGGAACACCGUCAAACAACUACACACCUCGAGAUGUGGUUUUGCACCGAGCCAGACGAGGUUUCGGAUUUGUUUUACGUGGUGCCAAAGCAUCAUCGCCUCUGAUGGCUCUCAGACCCUCUGAACGUUGUCCAGCUCUUCAAUACUUGGACGAUGUAGACCCCGGCGGCGCUGCUGAUAUGGCAGGAUUGAAACCAGGAGAUUUCUUACUUGCGAUAAACGGCACCGAUGUCAGCGCUGCAUCUCACGAACGGGUCGUCGAACUGAUCCGUGCUUCUGGCGAACUCGUCCAGAUGACUGUGGUGUCUGCUCCAGCAAGUCACAACCCUGGACCUGGUGCAUUCGACGAACCCGAUAUGGGUGGGGCUGAUAUGAAUGGCAGUGGAGGAAAUCCAUAUCAUCAAUCUAUGAGACAACAUUUUGCAACGUUACCGAGAAAGGCCGGGGCAGGAAUAUUUCCUGGACAAACUGGCUCGGGUACUUUAGGGCGCGGCGGUCCGGCUCCUGCACCACCUCGACGUGACCCUCGAACAACUUUAAGCGUGGGUCGUGCGAGGGCUAAGAGCAUGGUAGCAGGUUUAGAAGGAGGUGGUGAAAAAUCAUCUGAUGAUUUGGAUUCUACUGGAAUAUCGACGACGAAAUCGAGUUCUGCCGAGUCUGUGCAGAUGUCUCCUCACUUAUCUCGUUCCGAUGGCAACCAUUCCACAUUCGCGUAUUCUCAGCACGACAGUCCAGCCAGACAUAGCAUAAACCAGAGCACAUCCGAAUACGGAAGCCCAGGAGGUAAUAGUAACCAGAAUCCGAACCAGCCUAGAACUGCUAGUAUAAGGCAGAGACCUUGUUCAAGUAGAAUUACUGCUGCAGAAUUGGAAGAAUUGUUCCAACGUCAACAGAGUUCAACGACUGGUAGUGGAAACAGAAUAUCGACAAUGAUGUGCAGUUCUCGGUUCCAAUCUGGAAUGGAUCAAAGCCCACCAGGAUCUCCAGCUAAACCUAGAGUAUACGCUAGUGUUGCUGAAAUGAAACGUAAAGGAAAGGCAUCUAUUAGAGCCAAGGCGGUAGCUGUACCUAGAGUAGAACUGCUCCAUAGAGAUUUUCACAGCACACCAGAUUUAGCAGGUAAACCGCUGGGUUCACCAGUUGCAUCCAGUCUAAGUGCAUCUGGUAGCUUAAUUGGAUCAAAUAAAUUGCCCAGUAAUUCUUGGGGGACAUGGAGUGUCAGUAGAGCCCGCCAUCGCAGUGUCGAAGAUGUCCAACAUGCUGCAGGUGCUAGACAAUUACCUCCCCCGACUCAUCCUCCACCACCGCCUCCAACAACUGGUCAACUAGUUGCUGUUGAUGUUUCUAGAGGCAAAUCGGAAUUGGAUCAGACGUCAGGAAAUACCACCAAAGCCCAAGAAAGCAUUCCAAACAGCAGUGAAGUAUCUGGAGAUCCAAAUGCAGUAAUGUCAAGUUUUAGACCUGCAACUAGUGCCAAAUUAUAUGCAUCUCCACAAGAUAUUAGAGCUGUAGGGUAUAGAGCAAAACAGCAAGAGCAAUCAAGCAAUAGAAAUCAAGUCCGAAAAUCUCAAAGUAUGCGUGAUACCAGCCAGUCGUCGACAUCAGUUCAGGACAACGCUGUGCAGCAACAAAAUCAGCAAACUUCAAAUCCUUAUGCGCAACCUAUCAGAAAGAAUAGCAUAAAUAAUACUGCAACUCUGCCUCCACCGAUACCAGAGCCCGAUUACAGUAUGAGUGAAUCUGAUGAGGAGCAAAUGCAAGGGAGGAUCAGGUCCAACACUAAUCCAAAUCUGCAAAGUAAUAGAAUAGGGGUCACAAUUCCCGUUUCGGGAGACAGGACACACGUGCAGAGAAUCAAAGUUACACAUGGAGAUAAUAAUACUAUUAUUAAUACAGAAUCACAACAACGAAUAAUACCAUCAAAUAAUACUCCUAAUGUUCAAGUCAAAUCUCAAACCAAUGGUGGAACUAACGGUAAUGGAUCAGCUAGCGAGACGAGUGGUAACAGCAAUACGAGUGGUUCCAGUACAAAUUCAACUUCUCUCGCGCAUUCAUUCUCAGUGGACGAGAUACAGAAAAUAAGGACGCGUCUUAAAUGUUCAAAGUCAUAUCCAGAUGAUUUUCUAGAACAAAAAGAAAAUCCUGCAGGAGAUGGAGAACAAGAUGGUGCCAAUACCGACACCAAUGUCACGAGAAAUGAAACUGCCGGAGAUAAUUCUUCUAGCGGCGUCAGUUCAGACCAAGAAGGAGCUGAUAUAAAUAGUAAAGGUAAAUUUUCAGAUCAAAACAAGCAACAACAUGACAAGAAGUCUCCUGCUCCAACAAAAUUGGGAACUAAUACAGUUUCUCAAUUGCGGCAACAACAUCAACUAGAAAUAAAUGGAGGCAUUCAGUCUAAUUUAGGAUUUUCCAAAACUAUGCAGAGGCAUAAUAGUCUGACCAGAAAGCAGGCUAACUCGAUUGCUCUGGCCCGGAAUCAGGGAAGUAAAACGCUUGGCAGAUCGGCAGCAGAAAGACUAGGUAUUGAGCAAACAACAGAAUCAUCCACCACCAAGCACCGCCAAUUCGGCAACAAACUCUAUCCCGAUUCAAAUCUCAUAACAACAUCAUCACGACAAGCAGUAUCAUUAGCACGCCUGCCACCACCUGCAGAAGAAAACCUGACUUCUAACGUUUCGACACAGAAUUCAAAUGCUUCAUCAGAAGUAGCCGAAGACACAUUUGUGCCUCCUCCACCAGAAUUCGUAGGUGGAGCGAGUGAUAGAGUUCUAGCACCGCCUCCUCAGUUUUCGGACGCCCAAGGCAAAGUUAGGAUUGUUGGAGCAGUUCCUAAGAAUGGCAGAUUAGGACAUCACUAAUGGAGAAAAGUUGAUGUUGAGAACAAUGGUGUGAGUGAAUCAGAAUUGGUAAUAUGACUCUAGAAUAUAAGUACCAAACUUGUUGGUAAGUUGCUUAUUCUUACUUGGAUGUAAAGAUUGUUUACUGUUUAUGUAAUUAUUAUAAAUGUAGAAAUCGAAAAAGAAUCUAGAAAUCUUUGUUUAAUCGGUCAUACAAUAUUUUUUUCGAUUUCUACUUUAUAUCGACUGAAUUUCGAUUUUGUCGAGUGUUUUGUGCAAUAUCUUUGGACGUGAUAUUUGGAAUUUGCUUAAAAUUAGAAAAAGUGGUGCCAAAAUUAAACUACGUUUGCAUAGAGUUUUGGAAGGCUUAGGUGAAUAUUUAUAUAAACUAUUUAUAUGCAGAUGAGUGAUCAAGCAUUUUUAGUAAUAAAAAUAGGACGUUUUGCUUUGAAUCAUAAACGAUGAUAUGGAACUGAAAAAAUUAGUAUACUUAAGCUGCUAAUUAAGCUUAUGUUAAAAUUAGUCGCUAAAUAAAUACGUUGUUUGUUUAUUUAAGUAUAUACAGAAAAUUGAAGGGAUUUGUGUAACAAAUGAGUGUAAUGAAGAAUUCUCGAUUAAUAUUAACCUAUUAUUGAUCAAACAAAUGUUUUGAUCGAUUAAGUAUGGUUAAGAAGAACCUGAUUACAGUACUUUUAUAUGUAUUAAACCAUGCGGUACAAGACGUAUUCAUCUUCAAUGUCAAUUCUAAUAUUUCUGCAUCUGUGAGGAUAUUCAAUGAGACAAGAAAAUUAAGGCUGCUCUGGUGUAAAUCAGAAAUGUACUCGGCACAAUUCUCAAAUAAUUGUAGGCCCAACAUUUAGUUUUUGUUUGGUGAAUUUUCUUAAACAUUAUCCAUAUUGAUUCAGAUAGAUGAUCCGUACUUUAACUAUUAAUAACUUUACAAAAUUAUUCCUAACAUUUGUGUUAUAUUUUC